UGGGCGUCCGCGGUAGCCGCUGCAAGGAGCGAAGCGCGUGCACCACGGCCCUGCCCGCCCUGCCCUCAGGGGGCCUGCCGUCAGAGUGACAGUUACAAAGCAUGGCCGGAGCCGCGAUCACGGAUGGACCAGCGCCGGCUGGGCGAUCUCACUCUGUCUUCCAGCCCUUGGCUUUAUCUGACCAAAAGGAUACCACAGAACCCAAGAUAUCAGCAUAUCAAGUCAAGACUGGACACUGGAAACAGUAUGACUAAAUACACUGAGAAGCUAGAAGAGAUUAAAAAAAAUUAUCGGUACAAAAAAGAUGAACUCUUUAAGAGACUGAAAGUUACAACUUUUGCACAGCUGGUCAUCCAAGUUGCUUCCCUAUCUGAUCAAACACUGGAAGUGACAGCAGAAGAGAUUCAAAGGCUUGAAGAGAAUGAUUCUGCAGCUUCAGACCCUGAUGCUGAAAGCACUGCUAGAACCAAUGGGAAAGGGAGCCCGGAUGAGCAGUCGCCAAGCCCUGUCCAGUUCAUAAACAGUGUGGGCGCAGGAGACUCCAGUCGUUCAACCCUUCAGAGCGUCAUCAGCGGCGUUGGAGAACUGGAUCUAGACAAAGGGCUAGUGAAGAAAGCAGAGCCUAGCACCAAAGACAGGCCUUAUCCUGACUGCCCCUUCCUGCUGCUAGAUGUGCGCGAUAGAGAUUCUUACCAGCAGUGCCACAUUGUGGGAGCUUACAGUUACCCAAUUGCAACUCUGUCUAGGACAAUGAACCCUUAUUCAAAUGAUAUUCUUGAAUAUAAAAAUGCUCAUGGCAAGAUCAUUAUUCUGUAUGAUGAUGACGAAAGGCUGGCCAGCCAGGCAGCCACUACUAUGUGUGAGCGCGGAUUUGAAAACCUUUUCAUGCUUUCUGGAGGUCUGAAAGUCUUAGCUCAGAAAUUCCCAGAAGGACUGAUUACUGGUUCCCUGCCAGCAUCCUGCCAGCAGGCCCUUCCUCCUGGCUCUGCUCGAAAACGAUCCAGCCCCAAAGUGCCGCCCCUACCAGCUGAGAAUAAAUGGAGAUUUACCCCAGAAGAUUUAAAAAAGAUAGAAUAUUAUUUGGAAGAAGAUCAAGGUCCUGCAGACAAUCCUAGCCGACUGAACCAAGCUAACUCCUCUGGAAGAGAAUCGAAGGUGCCUGGGGCCCGCAGCGCUCAGAACACGCCUGCUGGGGGCUCUGCCGGCCACCCAACACCCCGGUCCCUCAGUAGCAGCCAAGUGCAAGGCAAACCCUGGAAGUAAAGACUUUGUCUCACUUAAUCCAAUAAAUAUUUUCCCUUCUUUUGGAACCCCUGGGCAGUUCCCAUUUGGUCAUUUUCAGAAACUGCUGCAGAGGAAAGAUGGCGACCCUAGAUCGAGGCUCUCUUCCCUCUCCCUGUCUCCAGCUCCUCUCCCCACAGCCAACUUGGGAAGGAUUUUGACAAGUGACCACGAAAUCCAGAGGCGUGACAGGCUCUAGUGUCCUCCUCCCUGUUGUUUACAGAAUAUUUAAGUCUCGUGAAGCUGAACAGGAGAAAGGAUCUCUCUUUUUUAAUAAGGUCCAGUUUGUUUGGUCCAUAUCCUGUGUUGUUUUGUAAAUAUUUCAGUCACAGCUGCUGGUGUGUUCUUCUCAACCAGUUUUUACAUCUCCUGUUCUUGAUUUUAUAAAGAAUUUUCCAGGUGGGCAUGGCGUGAGAAGCUGUCCCUGGGGUGUAGGACAAGCCUUAGGGUCCAGCCACUCACAGGCCCCACACCAGGUAUGGCCUAUUCACUGAAGAGCCCCCUGUCCUGCAUCCUACAGGCUCUGGUGCCUGUGAGCAUUGCUCAGUUUUAAAAUUUAGUAGAGCAGUUCUACAUCUACCAAAUACUCCCCCCCAUUAGAUGUUUCCUGGGACCAGACAGGUGCACACUCAUCUGUCUUCACAGUGAGGAUGAGGGCCUCCAACAUGAAAGCCCUGGCCAUUGUACCGGCUCUGUCGAGAGCCCCUUGAAGCCCACUGGAUCUGCUUUUUUUUUUUAUUUUUGUAGUAGAGAUAUGAGUCUUAAAUUUCCAUUGUCCAGCUCAGGUCCAUCUACGUUAGAUGGGCAGGAAUUAUGACCACUUGAAAGCAUCAGCUUCAAUUGGGCAAUGGGGGAUACACAGGGUGAGAAGGACUCUGAAGUCCUUUGUCAGGGCUGACAACCCCUUAAGCCAUUGCUUAAAAAUACAGUAUUAGUCUAAUGGAGUAAUUAGUGUAAUUUCCUGCUUACUUUUCAUUCUCAUGACUGAGCUGUGAUUAGGAGGUUGUGAUUAUAGAUUCUGGUUCGGGCCGGUAUUUUUGAAUCAGCAUUAAUUGAAUUGCUAGAUGACUGACAUUCAUUCCAUUUAAUUGGAGGAACGAAAGACCUCAGGUAAGGAUGAAGAACUCUGAAAUCAGACGGAAGAGGAAAAGAGGCUUGUUAAUUUUUAUGGUCUAUGAUCACAGCUAUGAUAAGGGACUGCAGAAUAAAUUGUGCUCUUUGUCAUGGCAACCAGCUUCUGAAAAGCCAACUGAAAAUUGCCUAUCCUUAGGUGGUUCCUGCUGCCGGGUAAGAUUUGCCUGAACAGUACUAUUUUCUCGCCACCAAAAAAAAAAAAAAAGGCACCACAGUAUUUCUAGCGUGAGGAGCUGAGUUUGUAUGAGAAAUAAAUGCAAUAAAUAUCUCAUAGAGACAUAUGGAAAAAUAACUUUCAGAUUCAGCCCAGUUCGGUUUUAAAGUGUGUUUAUUCUUCUCUACUUGAUUUCCAAAG